GCACCACCACAUCCACCACCUCAGUGGUCACCAUCCGUCUCACGGAUCGCAUCCGUUCAACAGCCGGAGUCCGUAACCGUCGCAUUCGCAUCAGUUCCACAGCAUUAGCAGCAACGGAUCCAACAGCCGAUCGGCUCCAUCUCCUCAUCAUCCGCAUAAUGAAUCCGGCGGAAGCUCCGCCGGAAGUUUACUUUACAACGUCAACAACGUUGCCCAGAUGUACUCCUCGGUCCAUUUCAACAUGUACGCUUACGGCGGAGCCGAAUCGAGUGCAUCCACCGGUGGAGGAAGUGGCAGCACUCCCACCGUCCCUCACCCCCUGGCUUCGGCUUCUUCUUCCUCAUCCGCUGCUCACAUCCAUUUGCAUUUACCGAUGCCGCACAGUCCAGCGGCUUCGGCCGCCUCGUCAUCCGGCGGUAACGGAGGAGAUCGUUGCCGGGACCAUCGUGACCCGUCCAAAUCUUCCAUCCGAUCCAGCGCUUCAUCUCUCAGUCCCAACUACAGCCAGGCCCUGCACUGCCACACCUCACCCGGAAGCGGAUCGCUGUCUCCCAUCGGAUCGGGCAGUCCGUCUCCCAACGGAAGCCAAGGGCGCGGCUACCGCUCGCUGCCGUACCCGUUGAAGAAGAAGGACGGAAAAAUGCACUACGAGUGCAACAUUUGCUGCAAGACGUUCGGCCAGCUGUCCAACCUGAAAUUUCACUUGUGGACGCAUUCCGGCGAGCGCCCCUUCAAGUGCAACGUCUGCACCAAGAUUUUCACCCAGCUGACCCACCUCCAGAAGCACCACCUGGUCCACACUGGGGAGAAACCGCACCAGUGCGGCAUUUGCAAGAAGAGAUUCAGCAGCACGUCCAAUCUCAAGACACAUUUGUGGCUGCAUUCCGGCCAGAAGCCCUACGCCUGCGAUUUUUGUCCGGCCAAAUUCACCCAGUUCGUCCUCUUGAAGUUGCACAAGCGAUUGCACACCAACGAGCGGCCCUACACUUGCGGCGGAUGCCAGAAGAAGUACAUCAGCGCCAGCGGAUUGCGGAAGAGCAGAAAGCACUCCUUGACGACAAUGACGAUCCGUGCUGGUAGUGGGGAAAAUCGCCCUCGUGUUGAUAAACGCUUCAACCAUGGAUUAUUCCAUGGAUUUUUUAUGUGUGUUUCUCAGAUAUCAGUCAAGAAGCGUGACGCCAUAAAGAAGAUUUUUUAA